AUCGUUCCCCGUAGUACGGUUCUGAACGUGAACCAUUAAGCAUCGGUUGCGCAGCUCCUGUGUGCGGUAACCUGGCGGGCGGAAACCAAACACGCAACGAUAAUAACGAAAUCCAAAAGUUUAAUAAUGAUUUUUACCUUCAACACAUUCAAUAAAUGGAUUAUUUCCUGGCUAAAGUCUGUCCGGCAUAGCGUGUGUCCUUGCCUAUGAAGCCCGCCUGUUGCCGCCCCCGUCGUACAGCAAUUCUAAGACCGCGUACCCCUUGUACGAUUGUCGCUGUAAAAGAGAAAAGAAGGAAAGUAGCGAAGUAUCGCCAGAACCAAAAUCGAGGAGAAGCCAAACGAAUAACUUCAUGCAUUGAAAGGACAUUCUACGCAAGCGCACGGUUUCCCGUUUCUUCGUCUUGUCCUCGUCAAGUGUCUACAUCAUACGUACGGUCCGUCGGUUUGACGCCAGCCGGUCUCACCGUUGUCAUCCUUAAGUUGGUUGUUUCCAGUUUUGUUGUGAUAUUUCGUUGCGUGGAUUAAAAAGUGGUUUGUUCGGGCGCUGGUAUCAAUCGUGAGCCUUAGUUACCAAAUAUCACGUUUCAAUUGCCGCUUUAUUUGUUUGUUUGGAAAGUGGCCAGAUGGUUGUGUGUGUGUGUUUUAAAUUGGUCAAAAGGUGUUACAAUUAUUGAAAGUGUCGUUCAAAGCCUUUGAAGCGUCAAAUGAAAGUGUGAUUGGAAGGUAAAAGUAUUGGGAAAACGGAAAAUUUUCCCGAAGGAAUACCCGAGUGCAGUGCGUGAGUCAUCGGAAGGGCCGACCGAUCCUUUUUGCGUGUGUUUUGAAAGCGGUUUACCGAUUGAAGGCACCCGUGCGAGAGUGUUGGUCUGUGUGAGUGGAAGUUUGCUGUUUGUUUGGUAGGAAGUGAUGUGAGGUGACACUCACACAAACGGAGUAUUUCUUACCAAUCAGCUGAUGCGUCAGUCUGUAGUGGUGUAUACUAAGAGGUUUUUAAAAAAAAGGUGUUUAUAGUGCAAUAAAUAAGCAAAAAAUCACUAGUUGAAGUUGUAUGCAAAGCAAAGAAAAGAAAAAGCUUUUCACUCGUGUUUUUAUAAGCGAAUAAAAAUAAAAGCGAAGUGUUACAAGUGUGUUUUGCUGGUCGUGACAGCGAAAGCUAGAAAUAUCCUCGGUGUACGUGAUAAGGGUGCGAAAAGCUCCGCAAAGCUUUACCAUUAAUAUAAAUCUACACACGAAACGCAAAUGAGGAAAUAUAGGACAUUUCGACCAGCAGGUCUGAGCUUUUCUACCAGCAAGUGUCUAUUGUUACUGCACUUUUUAUAUGUAAUGGAUAUAGCCAUCGUAGGAAAACCAGUCGGCACGGAGCGACGAAAUGACGGCAAAUUUCGGGAUUACGACGACGAAGUGCAAAGCUAUUUGAUGCGCUAUGGAUAUUUGGAAAAAUCUAACAUCGAAACGGGCAAUCUGCGAACUAUUGACGAGCUAGAGUCUGCGGUACGAAUGCUUCAGUCAUACGGUGGUCUCAACCCAACGGGAACAAUCGACGACGACACACUGGAACUGAUGCAAAAGCCACGCUGUGGUGCACCGGACGUGUCCGAUUCGUUAGAUUUCCUACCCUCGAUCAGCAUACGCGUGCGACCCCGGAUCCGCAGAUACAUCAUCCAGGGCCAGAAGUGGCAAAAUCCCAUCGUAACUUGGAGUUUGGUGAAUCAAACGAUGGCUGAGCUGGAUGCGGGACAGGUCCGAAGGAUACUGCACGAAGCGCUGGAUCUCUGGUCACAGCACGCCAAUAUCAACUUCCGUGAGGUGUACAGCACCGAUGCAGACAUUCAGGUACUGUUUGCACGUAAAUUCCACGGCGACGGUUACAACUUUGACGGGCGGGGCAAGAUUCUAGCUCACGCGUUCUAUCCCGGCACCGGUAUCGGUGGUGAUGCCCAUUUCGAUGCCGACGAGCAUUGGCUGCUAAAUGAACCGCUCGAUGCAGAAGGCACGCGUCUUUUCGAUGUGGCAGCACACGAGUUUGGCCAUUCGCUUGGGCUGGGACACUCAUCGCAACAGGAUGCGAUCAUGUUUCCGUGGCAUCAUAUUUCGUACCGUGGUAAGGACACGAUCCCGGAAGAUGAUCGACUCGGCAUCCAAUCGAUAUACGGUCCGCGGAAGAAGAUUUACGGCAAAAAUCCGGAACGUCACACACCGUCGACGACAACAACGACUACCACAACUACUCCAGCGCCACCGCCACGGCCGACGACGCGUUCUUACUAUCCGGUCAAGAACACUACCGGCCAUCCGUGGGAGGGUCUGUAUCCACACGGUGGUCGACCGUACACGACUCGCACAACGACCACGACCACGGAACGAAGUCACCAUCGGGACGAUGAUGAUGAUGGACGUUAUCCGACGCGUCAUUAUCCUACGACGGUGACGACCACGGUACGUCAUCGGCCUCACCAUCGACCACACCAUCGUACAACGACGACGACGACGACUACUACUACUACCACCACACGGCGACCAUACCACCAUCGACCGGUAGCGAUCCAUCCGAAUCCGUGCAAUACAAGCUUCGAUGCAAUCACGCUGAUUCGCAACGAACUGUUCAUCUUCAAGGAUCGCUGGCUGUGGCGUAUGAACGAGAACGAUCUACAUCGACCCAGCCCGUUCGAGAUUCACCGCAUGUUCUUCGGUUUACCGUCCGACUUUGAACGUAUCGAUACGGUAUAUGAGAACAAGCAUCAGAAGAUUAUUUUCUUUAUCGGCAAACAAUACUAUGUGUUCAACUCACAAUACCUCGAACCCGGAUAUCCUAAACCACUGACCAACCUUGGGCUUCCGGAAAGCAUUGAGCGGAUCGAUGCAGCACUCGUAUGGAGUCACAAUAAUCGGACCUAUCUUUACAGUGGACGACUCUACUGGAGAUUCGACGAGGACACGAAUCGAGUAGAGUUGGAUUAUCCGCGCGAUAUGUCCAUGUGGAAGGGUAUUGGAUAUAACAUCGAUGCCGCGUUCCAGUACCGCGACGGCAAAACCUACUUCUUCAAGGGACUUGGUUACUGGAAGUUCAACGAUAUGCGGAUGAGUAUCGCACACGAGUAUCAAAAGUCGUCUGCAACGCGAUGGAUGAAGUGCCGGCACGAGCGGCAGGUGCUGAACGAUCUGGACGUGGACAUUGAUUCGCCCACCAGUGAAGAGACGAUAGUGCAAAAGUCCGCAAUCGGCACGAACCGUGCUGCAUCUAGCCGGAGCAAUGAUGAUCGGAGGUUACUACUAUUGCUGCCAUGCACACUCAUAACGUUAGCGUUAUCAUUCUACUCCAAACAAUACGCUUAAGAUGUUGCAGUUGUGAUUACACAAAGUUGGACACCUUUACCAGUGGUCUAGCUAGAUGUUCAGUAGGACCGUUCCUCCGAUUUGUUUUUGUCAGUAAGCUAGACUUCUCAAGACAUCUCGCUGGAAAUGAUGCGACAUUUGGUAUCUUCAUCAGAGAGUCUUGGUAAGAAGUCGUCACUCUUGACAUGAGUACUUGGUACAUUGACAAGAGGAAUCCAGGAACGCUGCACCUGAAACAUAUAGCCAGAAGACGGUCAUGAAAACUGGUGUCCCACUUUAGGUAAUUGCAACCACUGUAGAAGCCACACAGUUCAUGACACUACCAUGGAGCUUGCAGUAGGCUUCUCCUUAGUGAAUUAUCCUACAUACUCUUCCUAAAUUUAGUUCAGCUCCCGUAGGCGGGAUCUUGGUGCUUUGCUAUUCCCUCUCACACUAUGGUCUGCCUGGUAGCAAAAAUAAAACGUGAUCCUCUAGGAUAGUAACGUAAGCUAGACAUAAAACAAAUGUAUGGCGAAUACUUGAACGUGCGUCGUGUAAACUCACACAAUACUAUAAAUUGUAAUUGUGCAAAAGCUUAUUAGUGUUGAAAAAACACAAAUCGCAUAAAAAGGGAACUCACGCAACACGAAAAUAAAUCUAUUAAAAUUGAAUACAAGCAA